UUCUUUCCCCUAUUUUUCUCUGUAUUCUGUAUUAUGUAGCAGUACUCAGUAGACAAUCCUGCAUUCUGUGUUCUGUAACACUAGUCCGUAUUAGGUAUAUAUAUACGUGCGUGUUCCGUGACCGCCACAAAUUGGAACUCUAGUGUGUUUCCUUCAUCACUUGAAAACUUCAGAGUAAUGAGUGAUAUCUCUUUAUCUGAUCUGUAACUUGGGUUUUUUGCCGAAGACUCAUGAGAUGACUGAUCAUCAAUACUCCCCGUCGGCCUUUAAAUUAGCGGCAGUAAAAAUUUGUGAGAAUGUCCGAAAUUUGGUAUUUGCUGGAUAAAAAUUUGACGGAUGCUUUUGUUGAGCGGCUUGAGCAACCCAGUCCCAAACCAAAUGGAAGUCGAUUUCGAUAUGUAUGGUGAGGCAGCGCUUGCUUACGAUAUUGCCGCACCAAAGUAUAGGGGCAGAGGUAACUGGGAAGCAGAGCUCGCUGACGAGAGAUGUAAGACACUGAAGUUCAGCUGCCGUAUUUGCUACUGUGUGCAUGAAACAAGGUUGUUUCCGAGUUAAACACGGAAGGCACCUGUUAAGCGGCGGCCAUCAGAGCUGUCAUCAAUAGUGCAUUAACCUGCAGCUUCUCUUCCUCCUCUAAGCGACUAUAUAUGCCCGAUCCAUCGAAGAUGGUGCUCGACGGCCCUUUUGUUUUUCAUUUCUUCCACCACAGGCUUCCAUUAUUUUUGUUAAUCCCUUUUUCUUGUUUCUGGUAUGCCUCUGUUUUGCAACAGAGCAUUCCUGGUAUGAUCCUGUUGGGUCAUGGAUGGAGAUAGUACUCCCCUUAUCCAAGUUUACUAGGUACCUAGAAUAUCCAUGGCUAUUCUCUCUCUCGCUCGCUCGCUCGCUCUCUCUCUGCGCAUCUCUAAUAAUUUAGGCAGCCGAUACGUCAGUUAUCUUCCCGGAUCAUCUUCGUUUCGGUCCGGUACCUCCAUCCGGUUGAACAUUCUUGUUUGGACCCUUUUUAUUUCGGGCCGCCGAAUCACUCAAACACCAGUGUCAGCGUGUGUGAUUCUCUCUCCACGCUCUUUUUCUUCACAGAUAGUGUUGGAUUUGGGAGAAUAUUGGGGUUCUGUUAUUCUCUCUUUAGCUACAGAAGUUUCUGAGCUACAUAUGAUUUUUCUGAACGAAAGUGGGAAACUUUAGAAUGUUGUGUACUUUUGGAUUGUAGAUUGUAGUUUGAACUUUGGGAUUGAGACCAAAGAACAGAAGACAUAGAAAACCACGAAUUAUUGGGUUCGCAUCAAGGAGUACAUUUCUUAUUUUAGGGAAUAAAAAUUGCCUUCAGUUUCAGCUCUCUAUGUUAGAAGGUGUACUCUACGAUAUAAUUUCUUUUCGGGUCUUACAGAAUGCUAAUUGAAUUGGUCUUCCUCUUCAAAAAAAGUACAUGACAUAAUUUUGAAAUGGUUUGAUACUAGGAACAUUUUUCAUUUAACCCCAUUUGUUCCCCAAAUGAGCAAACCUACAUUUAGGUUUUUUCUUUCUUUUAAUCAAGUGGUAUUAAUGGGCGUCGAGUUUCGCCAAAAAGAAUUCUAAAUUUGCUUCAAAUGCUCUAUGUUAUCUGCAGGAUAGAGCUGAUGGGUGGGGCCUGUUGUUCACGGCAUGUUACAGCUGUUUCACCAAGCCAGGACUUUGAGCCAAGGCAGCAUUUUGCCUCUGCACCUCCAAUAUAUGUUUCUAGUGGGGCCUCCGAGCCAAGGAGGUUAUAUGUGGAGGAUUCAAACAUAGCUGUCCGUCAUAACAGGCUGGAAGAGGUUCUUGAAGCAUUGGCACAUGCUGGCCUGGAGUCUUCCAAUCUUAUUGUUGGUAUUGACUUCACAAAGAGCAAUGAGUGGACAGGCACUGAGUCCUUCUACCGGAGAAGUUUGCAUCAUAUUGGAGAUGAACAAAAUCCCUAUGAACAGGCGAUGUCUAUUAUUGGAAAAGCAUUGGCUUCCUUUAAUGAGAACAACUUGAUUCGCUGUUUUGGAUUUGGGGAUGCAACAGCACGUUACCAAGAAGUUUUCAGUUUCUAUCCAGAUGAGAAGUUAUGUAAUGGAUAUGAAGAAGUAUUGGGACGAUAUAGAGAAUUGGUACCUUAUGUACAGCUUGCUGGGCCAACAUCGUUUGCCCCUGUCAUUGAAAUGGCCAUCACUGUCAUUGAGAAAAGUGGUGGCCAGUAUCAUGUGUUACUGAUAAUAGCUGAUGGAAAGGCAGACACACUACACUUGGGGAAAACUUUUGAUGCAAUAGUAAAAGAGAGUGAGUAUCCUUUGUCAAUUAUUCUAGUUGGGGUUGGAGAUGGGCCAUGGGAUAGCAUGAGAGAAUUCAUUGAUAGCAUCCCUGUUCGCGGCUUUGAUAAUUUCCAGUUUGUGAAUUUUACAGAGAUAAUGUCAAAGAAUAUGGACCAACCCCAAAAAGAAGCAGAAUUUUCUCUUGCAGGCUUGAUUAAACUACCAUCUCAGUAUAAAAAAAUCAUAGAGCUUAAUUUAUUGGGUGUUAGUAGAGGGAUGGCUAUUCACAGGGCCCCUCUUCCCCCACCUAUGCAUACUACAGCUUCUUUCGGCACCCAAGAAUCUUCAAUUUGGAGAAACUUGAUUCUGAGUGCACCCUCUUCCAAUGUAGAUCAUACGACAUGCCGUGACUGUGGAGUACGUCUUGGGUUAUGCCCCUUUUGCCGCCGUGCUAUCAGGACCCGAUUCAUGCUCUCUUAACAUCUGUCGUUCAGGAGAACUUUCUGGCCACCUUAAAACUUCAGCACUAUUAAAUUUGCCUAUACUUUUGGUUACGAGUUGGAUGCUGUAUUUAGCUUUGAACACUCUAUCAGAUUUUUUUCCUAGCACACUUCUCCUGUUUUGUUGAUUCCUGGUGUGUUUUCUAGAAUAAUGAUAGGG